UCCUAGCAACCGGAAAAGUGACUAAGACAACAAAACUAUAAGAAAAAGAGACCUUGGCUGUAGUCAGAUACAUUCUGUCCAUUAAAGGAAAGCAAACCUCUAACGUAUGAGGAUACAGAAUGGGAACGACAAGUGAUGAGAUGGUGUCUGUGGAACAGACCUCCUCUUCGUCUUCCCUAAACCCCCUGUGCUUUGAAUGUGGCCAGCAGCACUGGACCAGAGAAAACCACUUGUACAAUUACCAGGAUGAGGUGGAUGAUGACCUCGUCUGCCACAUUUGCCUUCAGCCCCUAUUGCAGCCCCUGGACACGCCCUGUGGACACACAUUCUGCUACAAGUGCCUCCGAAACUUUUUACAAGAGAAAGAUUUUUGUCCCUUGGACCGGAAAAGACUUCACUUCAAGUUGUGUAAGAAGUCCAGCAUUCUAGUUCAUAAACUCCUAGACAAAUUACUAGUUUUAUGUCCAUUUUCUUCAGUGUGCCAAGAUGUGAUGCAGCGCUGUGAUUUGGAGGCGCAUCUUAAGAACAGAUGUCCCGGAGCCUCUCAUCGGAGAGUUGCCCUGGAGAAAAGGAAAUCUAGUAAAACUCAGACGGAGUGUGAAAAUGAAAGUGGAUCCACUGUAAUCGAUCCUCCAGGUACUUUGUCCCCUGAAACAGACUGUUCUGGGAUGGGGACAGGCACAGUGCCCGCCGAGCGGAACUCAACAUUAGCGUGUCUCCCGGUCUGUCCCGAGGAGCCUGGCCUGGACAACCCUGCCUUCGAGGAGAGCGCCGGAGCCGAUGCUACACAACAGCCACUUAGUUUACCAGAAGGAGAAAUUACCACCAUUGAAAUCCACAGAUCUAAUCCAUACAUUCAGUUAGGAAUUAGCAUCGUGGGUGGCAAUGAAACCCCGCUCAUUAACAUUGUCAUCCAGGAAGUCUACAGGGAUGGGAUCAUCGCCAGAGAUGGGAGACUCCUUGCUGGAGACCAGAUUCUUCAGGUCAACAACUAUGAUAUCAGCAAUGUGUCUCAUAACUAUGCCAGAGCUGUCCUUUCCCAGCCCUGCACCACGCUGCAUCUCACUGUGCUGCGAGAGAGGCGCUUUGGCAGUCGAGCACACAACCAUUCUGAUGGCGGCUCUCCACGGGAAGAGGUUUUCCACGUGGUUCUUCAUAAACGGGACUCUGGUGAACAGCUUGGCAUUAAGUUAGUCCGAAGGACAGAUGAGCCGGGGGUUUUUAUCCUUGACCUGCUGGAAGGGGGGCUGGCAGCUCAGGAUGGCAGGCUGUGCAGCAACGACAGGGUGCUGGCCAUCAAUGGGCAUGACCUGAAGCAUGGGACACCGGAGCUGGCCGCCCAGAUCAUCCAGGCCAGUGGAGAGAGGGUGAAUUUAACAAUUGCUAGACCAGGGAGACCCCAGCUGGGAAACACCAGCCGAGAGGCAGGAGCUCACAGCAGCAGCCAGCACCACACACAGCCACUGUCUCACAACAGACCAAGCUCGCAUAAGGAUCUUACUCAAUGUGUUACAUGCCAAGAAAAGCAUAUUACUGUAAAGAAGGAACCACACGAAUCGCUUGGAAUGACAGUCGCUGGAGGCAGAGGAAGUAAGAGUGGUGAGCUGCCCAUCUUUGUGACCAGCGUGCCGCCUCACGGCUGCCUCGCACGAGAUGGCAGAAUUAAGAGAGGUGAUGUGUUGCUGAAUAUCAACGGCAUUGACUUGACCAACUUGAGUCACAGUGAGGCUGUUGCUAUGCUGAAGGCCAGCGCUGCUUCCCCGGCUGUCGCCCUGAAAGCACUAGAGGUCCAGAUUGUCGAGGAAGCCACUCAGACCUCAGAGGAGCUGCCGAGUACUUUCAGUGAAAAUGAAUAUGAUGCAAGUUGGUCCCCGUCAUGGAUCAUGUGGCUUGGGCUUCCAAGUGCCCUUCAUAGCUGCCAUGAUAUAGUUUUACGAAGGAGCUACUUGGGAAGCUGGGGCUUCAGUAUCGUUGGUGGAUAUGAAGAGAACCACACCAAUCAGCCUUUCUUCAUUAAAACCAUUGUCUUGGGAACUCCUGCUUACUACGAUGGAAGGUUAAAAUGUGGAGACAUGAUUGUCGCUGUCAAUGGCCUGUCCACUGUGGGUAUGAGCCAUUCUGCGCUGGUUCCCAUGUUAAAAGAACAGAGGAACAAAGUCACCCUGACCGUUAUUUGUUGGCCUGGCAGCCUUGUGUAGAUUUUUGAAAUUAGUUUUUGGUCUUCCUUCUUCCUUUCUAGGUUUUCUAAAGGAAAGCCUUUGGUUGCAUUGUGUUAGGAAAUACUGGCACAGCUCGUAGACCAAGGGCCCAAAACAGCUAAGAUUAUCUUUUUAUUUUUAUUUUCCAAAAGUUAGCUACACUUCUUUCAGCUUGGAGACAGUCUUCCACUAACCCUGAGUUUAUGUUUUCAGAAUCCAGACUCUCAGGCCUAGAGUAAUGAAUGCAGCCCACCCAAACAGUGACCCGGCCAGCUGGAUUAAAGUGGUGGUGCUUUGUUUCCAGUAACUGAAUCAUAAAACGCGUUAUAUGUCCCCGCAAGCCCGAUGUCAGUGCAGACACAGACAGCAGCAUUUGGUGCUGCUGUCACAGGCAGUGACAUGAACGGAUACAUUUUAAAUUUGAGUGAUAACCAUCGCUCGUUUUUCAUUGGUGCCAACAUUUCAACACUUUAUACUGUUUAGAAAGUGAUUUUCUGGUUUAUCUUAUUUCUGCUAGAUGAUAAAGAUGUGAGCUGACAGCACGAAAGUUUCUUUUAAAAUAAUGUACCUUUAUUAGAAGUGUAGAGAAUAAAAGCUAAUGCGAUCUAUUACCCAGGGACAAAGGAGUUGGGUGGUUAUUAUACCCUAGUGCAGGAGUGGGUAAAGCCACACUCACUGGAACAGUCCAAAGGCAUUAAAGAUUCAUUUCCAAAGGGACAUUUUGCUAUGUAGGAAAUUUUUGAAGCUGUUUUUGCUAAAAAUCAUUUCUAGAGUUUGUAUUAUAUUUAUUGGCAAUCUUGUCUGGAAAUGUUUUUGUGAUUUAUGCAAUUAAGCUAGAUGAUAAAGAUAAAACCACAUUGCUAUUAAAUACACGUAUAUAUCACAGUUAAGUAGAAAGAAGACCUUUUUAUUUUAUUGAAAUAGGAACCUUUUGAGUGUUUUAGAACCCUUAGUUGUCCCAUUAUUCUUACAAACUUGUUUCAAGAAAAGGACUGAAAAGCUCUGGUUUUUUGUUGUUUUUUUAAAGUCUAAAGUAGUAGGUUUUAGAUGUUAAUAUCUUUUGGUCCAAUCUUGGUCACUGGACUAUUUCAUAUUUUUUAAAUAUUUUUGAAAAGUAUCUCAUCCCUUACUCAACACAGUUGUCCUCUGAACACAUAAGGAAGUGAGUUAAGAAAAAUAUCUUUACUAAUAUUAUGCAUACUUGAAAAAAAAAGUUUCACUUAGAAACCUAGUUCAGAAUCUGAGCUAAUUUACAAGUGACCUCUGUAAUAAAUGGUGUUGAUGAUCACAGAAUGUAUUUCAGAUACUACAGUAUAUUAUGGAGCAUGACCACUUCAUUUUCAAACUCAUUACUGGGGUUUAUUAUAUCUGUAGCAUGUUAUUGAUUAUUCCAGUUAGUUUUAUACUGCUUUGUAAAAACAUAUCUCUUCGGAAUAAGUAAGAAUUGGCAGCAGUAAUUGCUACUGACUUAAUGGACCCUGUAGCAACACUGUGUGGUCAGUACUUAACCCAGAUACAGUGGAAUGCCCCAUGCAGUAUAUUACUGUUACGUGAAGAUUGGCUUUUGAAGCAAUUUGAUAUUGAAGUGCUUUGAUACUCUAAUUGACAUGGAACAAGUCCUUUCCCUGCUCCCCAAAUAGAAUUUUGUAACUAACAUGGCUAUUUUUUUUUUUAAUUUGUAAGACUGUGUCAUUUCUUUUGGGCCUGGCCAUCCAUCAAAAAAUAUCAUAACUGCUACUUUGUCAUAUAUAAAAUACAUUGAGCCUGGUGGUCUAAUGAGUGUUUUGAAAGAAUUUUCUUUACAGUAUUUUUAUCAUGGAAAUUUGAGAAUCAGCCAACACAAUAGUUUAUGAGGAAAGACUAUAGCUUUUGGUCAGAAUGAUAUUUAGUGACGGAGACUUGUUCAUAAUUUAUUAUUACUGUUGAAAUGUUUGAAUUUUCUCACAUUCUUACAGUUAAAUAUUUUGAUUUGUUCUGUGCCUUCUGUUUAAAUUAUUUCAGGAUUUUUUUCAGAUGUGUUUAAAUAAUGGUGUGAUAAUCAUUCAGAGUGGAAAUAAAAGUCAUCUUUCCAUAACA